AAAGAUUUGAAAAUAUUUUGGUUUUAUGUUACCGAAGACUUUUUGGUGCUCUUUAAUUUUAACCACGUGAUGGUAGUGUGGUCACAAACGAGCUUUUGAUUGCUAAUCAAGUUCGGUACAAAUGCACUACACUACAUUUCAUCAUGUGUCCAAGUGGAUAUAAACACAUUGUUUACUGCCGAUUUGAAUACUCGAAAAAAUACACUUUCUUUAAAAAAUAGUUUGGAUCUUUUUAUAGAAUCGAAUUAUUCUAGGUCAAUCAAAAAAUGAUAAAAAAAUAUUUGGAAUAUGACAAUUUGUUAUAUAAUUCCAUUAUUUUUACUUUUCUUGUGGCUAAGAGCUUGCGCGUGUGUGACUGCUAGCUAGUCGUCUCUUUGGGUCAACUUAAAAUAUCAGCUAAAACAAUCCCAAACCAGCAGACGAAAGAAACUAAUCUACAAAACAUCUUCAAAUCUUUCAGACAAUAAAUCUGAAACUCAAAAUGGAUCAAGAUCAAGACCACGGUGGAAGAAACUGUUGUAGCUGCUGCUUUAGCUUCAUCUUCACGGCAGGUCUCACUUCUCUUUUCCUAUGGCUAAGCCUUCGUCCAGACAAACCCAAAUGCUCCAUCGAAUACUUUUACCUUCCUGCCCUCAACAAAUCUUUAGACUCACAUUCACCUCUCAACACCACUCUCAACUUCAUGGUUCGUCUAGCCAAUCCAAACAAAGACCAAGGAAUCUACUACGACGAUGUCCACCUCUCUUUCUCCACAAACAGUUCCUCUCUUGUGAACUACACAGUGCCAAGAUUCUACCAAGGACACAAGAAGAAGGCCAAGAAGUGGGGUCAGACUCUGCCUUUGAACAACCAAACGGUUUUACGAGCGGUUUUGCCUAACGGGUCUGCGGUUUUUAGGAUGGAUCUGAAGACGCAGGUGAGAUUCAAGAUUGUGUUCUGGAAGACUAAGAGGUAUGGAGUUGAGGUUGGUGCUGAUGUUGAAGUCAAUGGAAAUGGAGUUAAGGCUAAUAAGAAAGGGAUUAAGAUGAAGAAAUCUGAUUCUUCUACUAGGUCAAGAAGAAGCUGUUUUUGGAUUUGUGUUUUGAUGAAUCUGCUUGUGUUCUUUGUGAUUCGUUAACUGAUUAAUAUGGUUUUGAUUUUUUUUUUCGAUUUUGUUGACUCUUUUCAUGAGUUUUGUUGUGUGUUUUAGUUCCAUUUUCUUCUGUCUUUCUUAUUCGUAGUUUCUAAAUUCGACCAAGUGAUCGUUGGAUAAUUUGUUCAAUUAUUGGUUUAUUUAAACUAUGUAUUUGUUUAUUCUAUCAACAACAUUCUAUUUGGAAAGGAAA